UAAGGCGACCCUCAGCCUCUACCCCUCACAGGGCUUCUCACAACAAAUACUAGCUAUUCUCACUAGCUGCACUUACUUCACCCUCUGUCCAUCAUCUUUGCCUCAAAGACCAAGAUUCUUUCCAACACCGGUGUCAUCUUGACCAAGAGGAAACCCACAAUGGCCAGCUUCAUUAAAGUGUUUCUGCUCCUGGCUGUCAUGGUCUGCAUCUCCAAAGCCCAGCUCAAUGAAUCAAAGAAUCAGUGUCUGUGUCAGCGUGUCAGGGCAAAUCUCAUCGGCAAAUCUCCAGUCAAGGACAUCCAGAUCUACCCAGCAACCAUCUUUUGUGACAGAGUGGAGAUUGUUGUCACCACCAGCAACAACUUCCGCUAUUGCUUGAACCCCAGUUUGGACAAAGUGAAAAGACUCCUGAAUAAAAUCAUAAAGAAAGGGAACACCACUAAUACAGCCAUCCCACGUAACCUCACUACCAGCCCGGGCAGCACCAACGCAGCUCGCGCCUGAUUCCAGACUUAGAUAAACUCCGUUGAUCAGCAAGAAGCUCUUAUGACCUGUUACCCCCCCCAACAAAGGCACCUUCACUGAAUGUAGACAAAUGAAUGAAA